CAGGGAGCGGUGAGAACGUGCGCGACCCCGUAGUGUUCUUGCAGUUAUGGCGGAGGGGGGAGGUGGAGGAGAUCCGGGCCCGGUACAGCCGCACCGAGCAGCCCGCACCCCGUCACCGGCGCCCGAAGGUAACAGCCACCCGGACCCUGAGAGCCAGAAGAACGAGCUGGGGGAGCUGCUGAAGGCGCCGCUGAAGAAGGGGGACGAAUGGUAUCUUGUGGACAGCCGCUGGUUCAAGCAGUGGAAGAAAUACGUCGGGUUUGACUCGUGGGACGUGUACAAUGUGGGGGAAAGCAAUCUCUUCCCGGGACCUGUGGAUAAUUCCGGAUUGUUUGCCGAUGCCGAUACUCAGGUAUUGAAGGAGCACCUGAUUGAUGAGCUGGACUACGUGCUGGUGCCGGCCGAGGCCUGGAGCAAGCUGAUGAGCUGGUACGGCAGCGUCCCAUGCCAGAGGCCUAUAGUCAGGAAGGUGGUGGAGCACGGCAUGUUCGUUAAGCAUUGCAAGGUGGAGGUUUACCUCAUCGAGCUGAAGCUGUGCGAGAACAGCGACCUGGACAACGUGGUGACCCGGCACUUCAGCAAAGCCGACACGAUAGAGUCCAUCGAGAAGGAGAUGAGAAGCGUCUUCUCUAUUCCGGCCAAUAAGGAGACCCGGCUGUGGAAUAAGUACAUGACAAACACCUUCGAGCAGCUCACCAAGCCCGACAACACGGUGCAGGACGCCGGACUCUACCAGGGGCAGAUUCUGGUUAUAGAACAGAGGAACGCGGACGGUACGUGGCCCCGGCAGCCGCAGACCAAGGCCAGCACUGCAACCAGUAGAAGCUAUUCUACCUCCGGGAAGUCCUCCAGCGCCUACUCCUCGUCCCCGUCCUCAUCCUCUCCCAUCACCAAUGGGGACAGCGGGGGCACCUAUGGGCUGAACAGCCCCAGCCUGGCCAAAGGGGGGUACGGCUCGUCUUACAGCUCAUACAGUUACAGGGAUCCCUCCAGUAAGCCCGGUCUCUGCGGUCUCAGCAAUCUCGGGAACACGUGUUUCAUGAACUCUGCUUUGCAGUGUUUGAGUAACACCCCCCCCCUGACCGAGUACUUCCUGACUGAUGACUACAAGGACGAGAUAAACAGGGACAAUCCUCUGGGGAUGAAGGGAGAGAUCGCCACCGCCUACGCCGAGCUGAUACGCCAGAUCUGGUCCGGGGAGCAUUCCUAUGUGGCUCCACGCAUGUUCAAGACGCAGGUGGGCCGCUUCGCUCCGCAGUUCUCGGGGUACCAGCAGCAGGACUCUCAGGAGCUCCUGGCCUUUCUUCUGGACGGUCUGCACGAGGAUCUCAACAGAGUCAAGAAGAAGCCGUACCUGGAGCUGAAAGACGCUAAUGGGCGGCCGGACUCAGUAUGUGGGGGCGCGCUCUUUGGGCGGGCGGGGGAAUGUUGUUGGUCGCACACUCACUCCCAUCCUCCUCAGGUGGUAGCGACUGAGGCGUGGGACAAUCACCUGCGGAGGAACAACUCAAUCAUCGUAGACAUCUUUCACGGCCUCUUCAAGUCAACGCUCGUGUGUCCUGAAUGCUCCAAGGUGUCUGUCACCUUCGACCCCUUCUGUUAUCUCACCCUCCCCCUCCCCAUGAAGAAGGACCGCACCAUGGAAGUGUUUCUGGUGCGUGCAGACCCCCAGUGUAAGCCCACCCAGUAUCGAUUGGUUGUGCCUAAAAUGGGGGCGGUCUCUGACUUGUGCUCUGCGCUCGCCAAGCUGUCCGGAGUGCCUGCUGAAAACAUGGUGGUGACUGAUGUGUACAAUCAUCGCUUCCACAAGAUCUUCCAGACGGAUGAAAUGCUCAGUCACAUCAUGGAGCGCGACGACCUGUUCGUGUAUGAAGUGAAGUCUCCGCGGGGCUCGGAUUCGGAGUGGCUGACUUUACCCAUCUGCUUCCGGGAAAGACGAUUCCGUCAGAGCAGCGCGGCAGGCACCAUCCUGUUCGGGCAGCCGCUCCUCAUCUCUGUGCCCAGGCAGAAGCUGACAGCGGACAUGCUGUACAACCUCAUCCUGGAGAGGAUCCAACGUUAUGUGAAGGCGCCAUCACCGGAGGAGUACUCCUGCCCGUCCAGUGACGCCGCGGCGUGCAAUGGCUCCAACGGGAUGUAUGACGUUGAGGAAAUGGAUCAUCAGGAGGAACAUGAAGAGCAGGAGUCGUCGUCCCCCGAUGAGUCCAAUGGCCAAUCAGACGAUAGCGUGGAGGACGAGAACUCUGAGGGUUGUAGUCCAUGCAAUAAAAUGCCAAAGAAAGCCCAGGACGCGCGCAAGAGGCUCUUCUGCUUCAGCCUUGUGAACUCGUACGCCACGUCCGACGUGGGCAGCAUGCCGGCCGAGGGCGCCUUCCUGAAACUGACCUCUUAUUCCACGGUGGCCAUUGACUGGGACACGGAGACUAAGAAGUUGUGUUACGAUGAGCAGGAGGCAGAGGCCUUCGAUAAACACGAGUCCAUGAUGCAGCCGCAGAAGAAGAAGAUGACGGUGGCGCUGAGAGACUGCAUCCAGCUCUUCACCAAGACGGAGGUGCUGGGAGAGCACGACCCCUGGUACUGCCCGAACUGCCGGAAGCAUCAGAGGGCCACCAAAAAGUUUGACCUCUGGUCGUUGCCAAAAAUCCUUGUGGUGCAUUUAAAGCGCUUUUCGUAUAACCGCUACUGGCGGGACAAGCUGGACGCGGUGGUGGAGUUCCCCAUCAGAAACCUGAACAUGUCCGAGUUUGUCUGCGAUCCCACGGCCGGACCCUACGUCUAUGACCUUGUGGCUGUUUCCAAUCACUAUGGAGGCAUGGGCGGCGGCCAUUACACGGCGUAUGCGAAGAAUCAGGAGACGCAGCAGUGGUAUUACUUUGAUGACAGCAGCGUUUCCCCGGCUUCCGAGGAUCAGAUUGUGACAAAAGCGGCGUACGUGCUGUUCUACCAGAGACAAGAUGGCGGCGGCAGCAGCAGCGGCUUCAAGGCCUCGUCCCCGGCGGCUUCUCUUGGCUCGCCCCCCACUGAGGACGUCCUCGGGGACCAGGAGCGACAGCAGGACUUGGACUGUAUGGACACCAACUGACGCCCUGCGCGCCUCGGCGGUGGCGGCUCGCCUCCCCGGAGCACCAGCACAAGUCUAUUUUUACUACAGAGAAGGGGGCGACCCCCCGCCGCGCUGCCCUGGAGGGGCGUCUUGCAUCGGGUGUAUUUAUUGCUCUGGAUUUUAUGGGGACGGUUUCCAAUCAUGUAAAAUGUAUAAAGCGGAGGAGGAGGAGGGGGCGUGCGCAGUGCGGUGUCCGGCCUCGCGCUCUGCGGGGGACGCCCCCGAGCUAUGCAGAGAUGUUCUGGAGACUUCAUUAAAGGUCACCAUGAAAGCA